AUGGACGGUUCCUGUCUCACCCUUUGGACUCUCGUAGACGCGAGCAGCCAGGCAAUGCAACUGGAGCCUAUCGCGGCAAGAAGGAUACACCGCAGCCUUGCCGUCGAGCCCAUCGAGCUUGUGGCAGAACGGCAAGGAGACGUGCCUCGGGAAGGAGCGAUCCGGUACGGAGAGGGCUUCCGAUUGCGAGCUGCUGGAUGCGGAGCUCUGUACUUAGGCUAUCCGGGCGGCGACGGACUUUGCUGGAAGUCUGGAGAGGCAGAGUCUCCGAAACCACCAGCCGGGACGCGGUUUUCAGCGCAUGGUGGAGAGCUAGGUGCAUCUUUAUGCUUUGGUCGACCAGUGUCGCUGCGAUGGGUGCCAACUCCUCCAGCUUCUGACACGGAAAGUGAUUCAGACGACGACAGGCCUCCAGCCAAGGAGGCAGCGGAGGCAUCAGCAGCCGCACGGCCAUGUCGAGGGUCAGCUCCAGCCGACGGCCUGCUGCCCGAGGCUGCCAAGUAUGCUCAGGAAGGGCUCUACUCUCGCAUGGCAGACAAGGCUGAUUCGGCAGUGCCAGUGGCUUUUCUCCCGCUGUGCAUGGAUGCGCUGAAAUGA